GUUCAGGUGAUAUUUAAUAACGCGUCGGCAUUAUCGCAUAGAUUUCCGCGGAAGUAACUUUAGCGGAAAAUUGUUGAGAUUUUUGUCAGUUUGCUAGUGGAAUUCUGUGCUCAAAGGUGGCUUUUACUAUUUUGCUAAAUGCUGGGAAAAAUUCUUCUCAUAAUUUCCAUGCCCUUGAUCUUCUCCCAUCUGUCUGUUCAUGGACUCGAAGAAAACUCCCCAGAUGAGGCUAAUACGAAUGAAACACUGACAACUUCUCCUGAUUCAAAUUCAACGGAUGAUGGGGGCAUCAACAUGAAUAAUAUUGAUCAAAUUGUGAGGCUUUUCUUCUACCGGAAGAAUAAAAGAAAGUCAUCCAAUUGGGCUGUUUUUGAGCUACAAGGGAGAGAAGUAGCACAGGCCAGAGUAUCUGACCACUUUGAUAGAAAUCUAAACACAAAAUUCAUCAUUCAUGGAUGGCUGAACAACAAAAACUCCCUGCAGUUUCAACAAAUUAAGGAAGCUUACCACGCUGUGAGCGAUCAAAAUAUUUUUAUCGUCGACUGGUCAGGAAUUUCUGAGGAUAUAAACUACAUGCGUGUGGCGAAUUUCACGAGACUCGUUGGAAUGUACGUGGCUGAGAAGAUCCAAGAACUAAUUGAAACAUCCCAGGCGGAUGUUUCACGUUUCCACAUUAUUGGGCACAGUUUGGGGGCGCAUAUUGCAGGAUUUGCAGGAGCACAAAUAAAAUCUCCUAAAAUACGUCGCAUCACUGCACUUGAUCCAGCUUUACCCAACUUUCAGCGCUUCAAAGAUCCCGAUCUUCGGCUUGAUGCUUCAGAUGCGGAUUUUGUGGAUGUCAUUCAUACAUCUGGUGGAACUUUGGGAGCCUAUGCUCCAAUUGGGAGUGCUGAUUUCUACGUUAAUGGUGGAACUCCACCUCAACCGGGGUGUAGUGGAGUUGCUGAACUUGCCACUAUCUGCAGCCAUGGGAGGGCUGUAGAGUACUUCCUGGAAUCCAUAGCUACCCCAGUGGGAUUCUGGGGGCUUCAAUGCGACUCGUGGGCAGCCUACAAAGCCUCCGAGUGCCGAGGAAGUUUCACAGAGAUGGGCGAUAGAACUAACCCCACAGCUAGGGGGACAUUCUACCUAGGAACAAACUCCAUGUCUCCCUUUGCCAUGGGACGGAAGGUUUUUUUCGAGAAUGAACCCUUUUGGCGUACAACGCUGAAUACAAUAAUUCACCAGACGUCUUCCUUCAGACGCCCGAAGCAACCGAUAUUUGCACCAUAGAGUGGAUUUACGUUAAUACUUUAUUUGUUUAAAUUAUGUAAUAAUAAUAAAAAUGUGAUGGUCAA